AUGACUUUUCAACAUCACACCACACUGUUUCGCAAUAUGGGCCUCUUUGAUUUUUUGUUGAGGCUUCGUCGAAGGAUUAUUGUCUAUUUCCUGCGACUAAAGACCCCGCGGCGUCUGGCCAACCCGGAUUCCGUCCUCCGGAUCCCCUCACGAGAUGCCGGCCGCUCGAUAAAAGCGCAUGUAUACCGCGCUACCAAUGCGAACAGUCAAUCGCCCAGCCCGGUUUUUCUGAAUUUUCACGGCUCUGGAUUUGUGCUGCCUCUCCAUGGUGGUGACGACUUGUACUGCCGCUAUAUCAGCACUAAAACGCCAUUCACGGUCUUUGACAUUCAGUACCGGCUUUCUCCCGAGAAUCCUUUCCCAGCCGCGCUCUACGAUGUUGAGGAUGUCGUGAAGUAUGUUCAAGCUGCUGAUCAUCAUGAGUUGUACGAUUCUAGCCGUAUGAGCAUCGGCGGAUUCAGUGCCGGUGCAAAUUUGUCUCUCGCUGCGUCGUCAAUGAUCUUGCCGCCCAACACUUUUCGGAGCGUCAUCGCAUUUUAUCCACCAGCCGACAUGGCUACACCACCAGAACAAAAGUCAGCUCCGGAUCCUACAGGCAAAGGUAUUCCACCCUGGCUUGCUAGGGUGUUUGAUGGCUCCUACUUCCAGAAUAAAGAUCCUUACGAUCCGCGGAUCUCGCCUUUCUAUGCACCUGCGGAGAAUUUCCCAGAUAAUGUGUUGAUGGUGACUCCGGCCAAGGAUUACCUGGCUGAUGAGGGCGCAGCUCUUGCUGAGAGGAUCAAGAAGGAGGCUGGCAACAAACAUGUAGUUUCUCACCGCGUUGAAGGGUACGGGCAUGGUUGGGACAAAAAUGCCAGUGAUCCUUUGAGCAUGAAACUGAGAGAUGAGGCCUAUGAGUUGGCGGCAGCAAUGUUAAAUAAGUCUCUGGAGUGA